GUUGCCAGGAAUUGUAAAGAUUAUGCAAACAGUCUCAUUCUGAGCAGUCGGUACAGUAUAUACCCAGACGGCAAGAAGCCACUGAGGGUCCUGUGUGAUAUGGACACUGAUGGAGGCGGCUGGAUAGUUAUCCAGAGACGCUGGGAUGGAUCAGUUGACUUCUACCGUGACUGGAAAUCAUACAAGGCUGGGUUUGGCAACCUCAUGACUGAGUUCUGGUUGGGAAAUGACAAUCUGCACUUACUAACAUCAUCAGGCACAUGGGAGCUACGGAUAGAUGUACAGGAUUAUAACAACACCAAACAGUACGUCAAAUACUCCUCCAUCAAAGUGCUGGGGGAACCUGACAAAUACAAAUUACUGCUUGGAGACUUUAAGAAUGGAAAUGUUGGGGACAUUAUGAAGUAUCACACAAACAUGAAGUUCACUACCCAGGACCAGGACAAUGAUGAGAAAUCUUCGGCAAACUGUGCGGUGACAUUUAGAGGAGCCUGGUGGUAUAAACAAUGUUAUACCGCAAAUCUGAACGGAGUGUAUUACUUGGAGCCUGACACCAGUAACCUCGGCAUCAACUGGCAAACAGAUAAAGGCUUACAAUUUUCCUAUAAAUUCACCGAAAUGAAGAUUCGCCCCAUUUAG